AUGGAGGGCACGGCUUCAACCUCACAAGGCGACGUCGAGGGCCAAGGGGCAUCCCAGCAAAGACAAGACGUCGACAAGUCGCAUGAAGAUUUGAGUUUGACAAAGAACCCUCAAGUCUUGGCCGAGACGACGACUCCGUCGACAAAGCAUUACCUUGACAUGAUGGCUCCAAGCAGUACGCUGGCUGACGAGGAUCAGCCACGACCAGGUAGAGAUGAUUUACAUGUGGGAGAUCAGUUUGGAAGAGAAGCGGAGCAUACACGGGUUGAAACGGAGGACACAAGGAGACAGGACAGCUUGUCGGACGAUGUUUCGUUAAACUUGGAACCGGAAACCCGGCCGCAUGAGAACGCGGGGGGUGAAGAAAGACGGGUCGCUUUUUUGCCGCCGCCGCGAAUCUCGCCCGUGUUUGUGCCGCCGAGAUCAGCGUACCCGGUCGGCCCUCCUCCCAUCGGCUCCGCAUAUGGCACGCCUCCGAUGGGUCAAAUAGGAGUCCACUAUCCUCGAGAAAUAAUCAGAAUCGAGAGGGAUUACUCUGGCGGAGAGCUGGUGCAGUUCUACCCCAUCUAUCCAAUCGAAUUGGAGGGAAGAAUCACACCUACUCAAUGGCUUGAUACCGUAAACGGGAUCAACGAAAUUCUGAUAUCAGCCCAUAGUCUCAAACGAGCCGCCUUCCAUCAUAUACUUUCAGUCCUCACUCUUUAUAUCUCUUCUAUGCUCAUGGAUUCGCAUUACGACAAGGAAAUGAGUCGACUACGGACAUUCAUCGACCAAUGUAACGAGCAAUUGUAUCAUUCUCAGGGAUUAAAUAUUCUUUGGCCACGCUCGAAUGGCUUUCUCUUCUUGGAAAUUGAAUACUACUGA